AUGCGAAACCCGAUAGCAAGAGCCAUAUUUCUGGCCGCUCUUAUGCUUUGCCUGGGCGCUCUGUUUCUACAGACUGAUCUCGACGUCCGCGAAGCCAUUAAGAAGACAGCCGCGUCGGCGAAGGAAGUCAUCGUCGCCCAGAGCCAGCGUAUCGGCAAUCCAGAGGCUGGAUGGGGAACGAGAGUUGAUAUCUCCUUGCAGCAGGAUGAAGAGCGCCGCGAGUUGGCAAUGGCACAAGCCACCAUUCUUAACUCAUCAAUUCCUAUGACUUGCGACUACGACAUGGAAAAACUCAGACGUUGGCGGCAGCAGUACAAUUUGCAAGAGACCUUCGAGUAUAUGAAACGGUAUAUUCAGGUGUUUCGUGAGAACAUUCCUAGAAAGUCGAUUACGAAUGUCGACGAGAACUUCCUUGCCCAGGACUUCAAGCUGGUCAACAUUAAUGAGCAAUAUCCUGCGGAGAUGUGCCCACCGCCGCUCAUUGCUCCAGUCUCAAAGUCUCGAUUUCCAUCGACUGUCAAUGCAUCAGACUUCAUGUUUGGCGUCUCUACCACCUACAAGCGGUUCACGGAUCCACGCACAAGCCCAGUCAACGAAUGGUCGUACUGGCUAACUGAUGGAUAUGGACACUCAAAUGGUGGAAAGCUGGUUUUACUCCUUCUGGAUGCGUCUGAUGAGGACCUCGAAAACGCGUACAACAAGCUCGCGAACCUCGGCAUCGAUGUUGAUGUGUACCGUUCCGACCCAAACCAGAUCAUGGCCGUGCGUUACCUUGCACUUGUGCCUAAAUUGUAUAACCAUCCCGAGAGGUCACGCAAAAAGUGGCUUGUCAUCUGCGACGACGACACAUUCUUCCCCUCGUUUCACGCCCUCUCCGAUCGCUUAAGACAAUACGAUUACACGCAUCCUAUGUACAUUGGAACUCUGUCUGAAGAUGUAAACAACAUCCAACGUCAUGGGUCACAGGCAUUCGGCGGCGCUGGUGUCUUUCUGAGUGUGCCCAUGGCCGCUCUUGUCACAGAAAAGUUCGAGUCUUGCAAGACAGACGAUAAAAUUCUCGAAGCGAAUAGCGGUUGGGGCCCACAAGGCGAUAUUCUCCUUCGCAAGUGCAUUUACGAGAACUCCGAGAUUAAGCUGACCCUCCUUCCCGACCUGUGGCAACUUGACCUAAUGGGAGAUCCUUCUGGCUUCUAUGAGUCUGGCAUUCAGCCUCUGUCUUUGCACCACUACCGUGGCGGCAUCUGGCAUGUUGCACACCCCUGGCACUACACCAAAGUUGCCUAUGUCUGCGGCGAGGAUUGCACAUUCCAACGGUUCCGCACGCCUGAUAACUUCAUCAUUGCGAAUGGUUUCUCUGUUGCACAGUACCCACAAGGCAUUGACUUCGACCUCGGACAGUUUGAAGGCACGUUCCACGCGGCCCCCGAGGACAAAGGCUGGAACCUGGAUUUCGCUAUGGGGCCACAGCGGCCGUCGUUGCACCGCACUGGACGUAAGAUCUCGUGGGACCUACAAGAAGCGACGAGGAAUGAUGACGGGAGUGUCAGCCAGGUGUAUGUGCGCAAGGGGGACGAUUGGCGUUGGGUUCGGCCCGAUGGCUCGCCGAUGAGGGAGAAAGACGGCAUUGUGGAAUUGGUGUGGUUGCCCGAUGAGAGAUAA